GCUUACCAAAUUGCCAUUCUAAUAGACCGUUUCACUCGUACACACAGACACUACCCUGCAAAUUUUCUCGCCGCCGAUGGCAGCUGCGCUCUUAGCCACGCGUCGCCCGUUAGCCUCCCUCUUCUCACGCUCCGUCUCUUCCCGUCGCACCCUCAUCGCCCUCCCCUUCCUCCACACCGCCACUGCCACCUACCAACUGCCUCACCAACCCAACUCGAUCAUUAACCCUACACGGUUCAAGACAUCCGGUUCGGGUUAUUCCCCUUUGAACGAUCCGUCUCCAAACUGGAGCAACCGACCUCCGAAGGAAACAAUACUUCUCGAUGGCUGCGAUUACGAGCACUGGCUAAUCGUGAUGGAAUUCAAUUCGGACCCCAAGCCCUCUGAAGAAGAAAUGGUUAAUGCUUAUGUCAAAACCCUAGCCUCCGUUGUUGGAAGUGAAGAGGAGGCAAAGAAGAAAAUUUAUUCUGUUUGUACAACAACGUACACUGGGUUUGGUGCUCUAAUCUCUGAAGAGCUCUCGUACAAAGUCAAAGGCCUACCUGGAGUUCUGUGGGUUUUACCUGAUUCAUACCUUGAUGUUCCUAAUAAAGACUAUGGAGGUGAUCUGUUCGUUGAUGGAAAAGUCAUCCAUAGGCCACAGUACAGGUUCAAUGAACGACAAAAUGCAAGGAACAGGCCUCGUCCUCGAUACGAUAGGCGCCGAGAAAUAAUGCAAGUAGAUAGGAGAGAGCCAUCACAGGCAGUGAAUCAGCAUAAACCUGCCUCCACAGGUGAGCAGAAUGCUUCUCUGAAUCAUGGAGGAUUUCAGGGCAACAAUGCAUAAAUGGAUCAAGAAUUUGGAACAUGAAAAUGGAAUCAAGCUCGGGUUUUGCAUAUUAUCGCACAGUUUCGGAGUAUGCUUAGUCUGGAAAAUGCAUGUUAAUCCCGCUCUUACGAGGUUUACAGAUGUAAAUAUUAUUUAUGCCUUAGUUAUUACAAGAGACCAUUUUCCUUAAAAUUUAGAAUUUUUGGCCCAGUGUUCGUUUAGGUGUAGCUGUAUUGGGCUGUGAAUUUCGCAUUCCUCGUGUUUUCCUUCGUUAUUCAACUAGAUUUUCCUUUUGUUUGUGUACUUUUCCUUUAUGAUGUCACGAAAACCCAAUCUAGAGCAAUCAUUAUAUCUA